AUGAUGCUUGAAACUGGAAUCGGUGGGACAAGAAACUUUUUAGAUGCAUUGCCUGAGUGGUUGGAGGAGAAAAUAAAGGUUGAUAAAGACUUCGCCAAAUUUAGGGGCACAUAUUUGUCCAUAUAUGAGACGUAUUAUGCUCCUUUGUUUCGGGAUUCCGUUAAUACUGGAGAUAAAUCUCUAACUCCGUUACAAUUUCUAAACGAUGAUGAACGGGAAGACAACAUGAAAGGCAAUGAAGAUAACGAGGAAAUCAAUUUAGAUGAUGAUGAGCCUCUUUUUCCUAGUUUCCCUCAAACUAGUUUGAGUAAAAGGAAGAACUCUACGUAUAUUUCCAACAACCGUUCAACCAAGAGUAAAAGUUCAUAUCUUGAGGAAAACCGAGAAGUUGUGUUGGAUGCAAUAUCAACGAAAAGCACAUAA